AUGACGGACCUCAAUCUCGAGCAAGUCCGCGACACCAUGGUCGCCGUCGCCCACGAGGCGGGGCGCAUGAUCCUCGCCGCCAACCCGGCCGACAUUGCCGCGGGCACCAAGCUCAACGCCGUCGACAUUGUCACCGAGGCCGACCAGGCCGUCGAGAAGAUGGUGGCCGGCAAGCUGUCGGCCGCGUUUCCCUCGGUGGCGUUUAUGGGCGAGGAGACGUACAAGCCGGGCAUGAGACUCGGUCCGGAGCCCACCUUUGUCGUGGAUCCCAUUGAUGGCACCACCAACUUUAUCCAUGGCUUCCCCAACGCGUGCAUCUCGCUCGGCCUCGCCAUUGACCGCAAGCCCUGCGUCGGCGUCAUCUACAACCCGUGGCAGGAUCUCCUCUACACGGCGAUCCGCGGUCACGGUGCCUUUGCCACGCGCGGUGCCCUCCUCGCCGGCGCCACCCCGCGCCGUCUACCCCUCGCCGCGACACCGCGACCGCUGACGGGCCUCGGGACCGCGCUCGUGGCCGUCGAGUGGGGGUCCGUGCGGGACGGCCCCAACUUUGACGUCAAGGUCGAGACGUUUCGGCGGCUGGGCGCGUCGACGGAGACGGGCGGCGCCAUGGUGCAGUCGAUGCGGUCGCUGGGCUCCGCGGCGCUCAACCUCGCGGCCGUGGCCGCCGGCGAGCUCGACCUCUACUGGGAGGGCGGCUGCUGGGCCUGGGACGUCUGCGCGGGUUGGUGCAUCCUGGAGGAGGCGGGCGGGCGCAUGGUGAGCGGGAAUCCGGGGGACUGGGCGCCAGAGGUGGACGGGAGGGUGUAUUUGGCGGUGCGGGGGGCGCCGGCCGCCGGGCAAGAGGAGAUUGUGGAGGAGUUUUGGACGCUCAUGGGCGAUGGGAGGAUGGAUUACUCGUCGUAG